CGGGAUGAGGCCGGUGUGAGAGAGCCUUAGAGAGAAGCACGCAGCUCCCGGAGCAGCCCAUGGCAACAGGGGCACCCUCGGUGUAGGGACGCUCCCGGCUGCCCAGAGACAUGAAUCUCAGCUGCACCUCCGAAAAGGCGACAACAGCCUUGCUCUGGGGCUGUGAGCUAAACAAGGAGAAGCCAAGUUGGACCUUCAAGCCCCGGAAGGACGGGGAGCAGGACUGUAAGCUGCUGCUGACUAUGAUUUGCUUGGGGGAGAAAGCCAAAGAGGAGAUGAACCUCGUGGAGCUCCUGCCCCCAGCAGGUCAGGAGGACAAGAAGACCAAGCCCAUCAUCAUUGCCUCACUUAGGGCCUCGGUGCUUCCCAUGGUCAUCACCACAGGGCUGGAAUUUUCCCCUCUAGUCACCUUUCAGCUCCGGGCCGGCUCCGGACCCGUGUUCCUCAGUGGCCUGGAAAGUUAUGACACCUCAGACCUGUCCUGGGAGGAGGAGGAGGAGGAGGAGGAAGAGGAGGAGGAAGCAGAGGAGGAGGAGGAGGACACAGAUGCCCUGGAGGAGGAGGCCCCUGUCAGACACACCAAGAGGCUGGCGCCCCAGAAGCAGGCAAACCUCGCCAAGAAGAAAAGGAUGGAAAAAGACGAGGCAGUGAGACCUAAAGACAAGAGCCCUAUGAGAAAGGCCAACAUCACACCCAAACCUAAAAAGCCGGGAUCCAAGAAAUGAUGAGCCUCCAUAAUGAGAACCAGUGAGACCACCCUGCAGAGUGACCACAAGCCUCGGUGGUGCUACCCCCCCAAACCCCCUCCAUCUGAGUCUGAACGUGAUGCAGGUGUUGGGGGUUGAACACAGGAAACUCUCACCCCAACUCUCCAGUUUGCCUGAGGAAAGAGCCCAGACCUCAGGGCCACAAUAAAAUGUGCUUU